AUGGAAGAACAAGCUAAAAUAUUAAUGACUUCAGAAUUCUUACAUAGAAAUUUUACUAGUACUGAACUACUUAUGCCUCUUAAAGGUUUCCGGCAAUUUGUGGCUAUAACCUAUUUAGUUUGUAAUUUAAUUGGAUUUAUGGCAAAUUCUUGGGUAUUUUUUGUUGUGGCGCCUUUGCUUUGGUUAGGCCAUGUACGAGUUCCAAAGUCUAUUCUUUUCCAUAUUCUUGCACUUUGUGUAUCUGAUUUGGCUACAAUGUGUGGAAUGGUUCUUCUAAAUUUGGAAAUACUUAACGGAACUUGGCGUUUUGGACUAGCUGGCUGCAGAGCCUAUUUACUUUUUGAUUCCCUAAAUAAAUUUUCUGCCCCAGCAAUUGUUUUGUUAAUUUCUCGUACUUGUUAUUCAAUAAUAUGUUUGGAUAAAGGCCGUUUACGUCAAACAACAAAUAAUAAUAGCGGUGUUAAAACAGCUUUUAUUCAAGUUAUGGUUGCUUUGGCAAUUGUUUUGUGUCUUCUUUGGCCUCUUCUUGUUUACUCUCAAGUCACAGAAAUUGUUGUACGUAUUGAUAGACAUAAACGACAAGAACUGUUUGUUCGUAAAUGUGCCUUUUUACCUCCGCCAAAUGUUGAAUUGCUUUUUAAUAUUGUAGUCAGUAUAACUAGGUGGGUUAAAAUAAAAUAA